GAAAGAAAACAUUGGGGUUUCUUUGGCUGUUCUUGAUAAGCCUAUAAAAAAUGACAUGUUUUAGUUGCUUCUAGUUGCUGAAGUAAAGGAACCCUGCAGCUUCCCCAUGCUAUCUGUUGACAUGGAAAACAAGGAAAAUGGCUCUGUCGGUGUAAAAAAUUCCAUGGAGAACGGGAGGCCACCCGAUCCUGCAGACUGGGCCGUGAUGGAUGUCGUCAAUUAUUUCCGAACCGCAGGAUUUGAGGAGCAAGCUAGUGCGUUUCAGGAACAGGAAAUUGAUGGAAAAUCCCUGCUACUGAUGACAAGAAAUGAUGUGUUGACAGGACUUCAGUUAAAAUUGGGGCCUGCUCUGAAAAUCUAUGAGUAUCAUGUAAAGCCUCUGCAGACAAAGCAUUUAAAGAACAACUCUUCAUAGUAUAGUCAAAUUGGGGUCUUGGACCUCAAAAAAUACAUAAUGACAUAAUUUAGUUUCAUGUGAUGAAACUUUGUAAACAGAAUACAUACAUGUGUAUAUGUAAAGAAUUUCAAUCAAAUGAAACGUUAUCCUAUUGGAUAGACUAGGCAAUCCAUCGGCUGACCUGAACUCAGCCAGGAGGAGCGAGGACAUGUUGACAGGAUGGUUUACCUUGUGGAGUUUGUCAAAUAGAAUGAUUUUUGAUGAGAUUAGACAGCCCUCCCCACAAAGAGGGUUUUCUUCAUAGUUUGCUUUCCCAAAUUCCUGAAAAAAGAAUCGAAUGGUUUGAGCAUCUUUCAGUUACAGAUGUGGGGAGGUCAAAAGCAAGAACUUGGGGAGGGGGAGAAAAGAGAAAGGGAUUGUGCCUCCCUUGAAUUCCUCUGCUCCUUAGAGCUUGUGUUAUUUGGAUGGAAUUGCCGACACCCUUUUUUGUAGAGGGUCCUCCACUUGACCUUAUUAAGGUUUCACUGGGAUAUGCUGCGAUGUUUGAAACGGACAUGCAUCAUGGCCCCUUCAGGAGCAGACUGUAGCUCUGAAAAGAGAAAACUCUGUUGUAUUUUGGGGACAUCCAUCCAUCUUCAGCUAGCUUUCAUGGGGGUAAUGGUAUUUUCUGCAUAGAUCUGCUUUUAAAUUGGUUCUUUGUUUCUGAAGAAAGCAUUUUUUUUUUCACUUUAUGGUUUGUAUUUAUAAUAAUUUGUUUCUGAAGAAAUUUGCCAAGAGUUAUAGAUUGAAAAGCCUUGUUACUAGUACAGAAUAUUUUUAUAUAUAUAUUCCUUCAUGAUGGUGUAAUAUUUUUUUAAUUGCUCUGAUGCUUUGUUUGAUUUCCAAUUUGAGUACUUGUUUUUAAGAACUUGAAAAAGUGGGCUUGCUACAUCUCUGUUCAAAGAGACAUUUGUUCAAUCUCUGUGUGUCAAUGCCUUGUUGAAUUGGUGCUUUGUGGUCACAAUAAAGCAUUGCUUCAGUUUAUUCCCAGUGUAUUUAUUUUUGAUCUUUUCAGUUUGGUUGCCUCUUUGGUUGGGCUUAAGGAUUAAGGUAACUCCUUGAAACCAUGGAGAGAAAGUUAAGCCUUCUUUAAAAAAUAAACGUUAGAUAUCGAAAACAUAUAGAUCUAUAUGUAGAUUUAUCUUCUUUAUGAACUGAAUUGUCUAUUAGGCCUUAUUCCUUACCCCCAUCCAACAACAAAGUCUAGGUGUAAUUUUAGCCAAAUUUUUUUUUUUUUUUUUUUUUUUUUUGCUGUAGCCCAGUGGGGGAAGGGGUGUUGUGGGGUUUUUUUGAAAUUCUGAUGAAAGCUUUGGACCCUCCCUCCAGAUGAAAGCUCAUAUUCCCACGUACAAAACUUUGCAGAGUUGAUGGACUCCCCAGAGUUCCCUCUUUCCCCUCCUCAAGUUAAUAGUCCUUAUUUUAGAGAGUGUUAUAAUUCAGUCCCCUAUGGAGAUAUUUCUCUAAAGAAAAGAAAGUCUAAGAAGAUGAGAGUGAAAAGAAACAGAGGAAAUGGUAUAGUGAGUGGGGUUCAGAAAUGUAUUCCAAAUUAAUUCACAUUUUUCCCCAACUAGGGAUUGAUCCCGGCAGUGAAAGUGUGGCGUCCUAACCACUGGACUGCCAGGGAAUUCCCUGAAACUUAAGUAAUGCUUUGUUUUGCAUAAGUGGGAGAAGGAUUUGCAAAAGAGACAUUCUCCAUCCCCAAGUUUUCACAGUCUACAAAACACAUAAGACCAAAAGGCAGAAUAUAGUAAAGUACUGCGAGGUGUGAUAGUGGUAAAACAUGAGGACUACACCUGCUGGAGACCUGGGUUGGAAAGAAGGGACAGAAGAUCAUACAGAAAGAAGAUGGAAGGAAGAACUUAAGCUCUCUGAAGGAGUUUUCCACAAGUGAAAUAGUGACGAUGUUUGAGCCCUCUCUACUUCAAAAGGAUAGCAUGAGGGAUGUCCGAGCCCUGCUUCUGUGCAUCUCCCUGAUUCCUUCUGUAUUCGUUUGGAAAAGAUUUGGCUGUGAAUGAUAAAAAAAAAUUGCCUCCCUCACUACCCCGCCAGGUAAUGUAAACAAAACAGAAGCUUGCUUUUCUUUAUGUAAAUGUCCAGGUAGAGGGGCUAAGGAUGGUAAGGCCCUCCAUGAUGUUAGGGAAAUAAGUUCCUCCUAUCUUUUUGCUCCAUCAUGCAGCUAUUCAUUCCCAGAAUCAUUUCACAGCCCAAGAUGGCUGCUUCAGCUCUCACCAUCACCACUUGAAUUCCAACUAGUGGGAAGAAGAAAAGAGAAAAGGAACAUACCUCCUUCCUUUAAGAACACUUCCAAGGAAUUGUAGUAAGAAGUAGUAUUACUUCCUCUUAUCUUUUGCUAUCCAAAAUUCAGUCACAUUCCCAUAUCUAAGCUGCAAGGGAGGCUUGUUUCUUAGAACCGAUGGGCCCAACUAAAAUUCAGAAGUCCCAUUAUUCUGUAGACAAAGAAAAAGGGGUAUUAGGGGACAACUUCCUGUUACCACUGUCAGCCGGCUGUUGAACACUUGGAGAAAAUGACACUGAAAGUGUGUAUUUUUCUCUAUGUAUCUUCUCUAUGUAUUGUAUUUUUCUCUAGAUUUGAACUUGGGCUCACAUUCCCUUCAGUCUCUGGAUAUUUUUUGUCACAGUCACCUUUUACAGCUGUUAGAAGCCUUGUUCACUACCCCCAACCUAACUCAACUAAGCUUUAGACCUGGACUACUCUAUAAAUGCUUGUCAGAAAAAAAAAAAAAAAAGGAGAGGAAUUUAUCUUAAUUGAAAAGCAAACUGAAAAAAAAUCAAAUCAUUCCUCAGUCUCUGUUGACAGCUUUCAGGCAAAAUUAGCAAAUUAAAGAUAGUCUGCCUUUCUUAUACCCAGAAUAAAGGCCUCUGACAGGCAGGCCUGAGUGCCUUGGCAAUAUCUGAAGGUGCUUUCCUCCCUCCCUCCUUCCCCCACCCCAUCCAGGGAAAAGCAGUGUGAUCAAAAUAGGCCAUAGAGAGAGGCUGGAAGUACUUGAAAUUCAGCAGGUAGUCAGCCUUUGUCUCCAGACAGCUGUAAAACCAGAGAUGUCUGAUUUCUUUUCAGAUCACACUGGAUUUCUAUUAAUGUGAUCUGGGUCUGCAACAAACAGCAAAAACACAUGCUACAUAAGGAAGCAAUUCAUGAGUAUAAGUGGGAAUGAGCUUGCCUUGAUGCCAAUAUAUUUUAUGUGAAAACCGUUUAAUGAUGAAUUUGAUUAUUCUCAACCAGAGGGGCAGACAGGAUAUCGGAAUCACGAGGGAUUUUAAAAAGUAAUUGCCACUCCACCUCCCCUCCCCACCUUUGAACCUCAGAUCCAGACUCUACAAAGGACAUUUAAUGAAUUGAUUUAUAGGCAAGGUCACAAACUGGUUGCUUUUCAGUAGAAUCUAAGCUGACGUGUUUUCCUUUGGCCAGUGCAGUAUGUGUAUGUUUUUACAACUACAUCUGUGUUCUUCUAGGUGAGGCCGAAAGCUCCAAUUUAUUACAGUCUCUUUACUUCCCUAAUAUCUUGCAACCAGCAGCUGCGCCCUUUUACACUAACUGGACUCUGAUCUAAAACAAAGAACACACACAAAGAGCCUCCUUAGAGUAAGUUAAUUCAGGAACUAGAAAUUGCAUGUAGAUUUAGCUGAAAAGAAAACAUGCUGGCAUAUUGCGUUGGAAUGUGCAGCAGGCUUAAGCAUCAUUUUUUGAUACCUAUUGGACAGGAUGACAAUGAAAAAGAGACCAGUUGGUAGCAGUCUCUUCAUUUUGUCCUCGACAAAUAUCCUAUGUGAGCAGGAAUUUGUCCCUCUGAGCUUAGCAUCCACUGUCAGAGGCACACAAUGUCCUUCUAUUGCAUUAGUGAAAUAUAUCUUUGAAGGAAUUUAAUUUGAAAAAGUCUAAUGACCUUAGAGUUGCCCAACCGCUCCCAUAUUUAGAAGCUGAAUGCAAAAAGUACUUGCUGAUGGUGAUCCAUCUGUCUUUGAUGGUCAUUACAAAUGGGAUCUGCAGGGGUCAGGUCUGGGCACAGAGCCAUUAAGUGUUUUCUGUAAUGAUUUGCAAGAUGAAGUUAAAUGUUCAAAUACCUGACUGCUAUAGGACUGAUAUGCCUCUUAGAAAAAAACUUGUUAAUUCUGCUUCUAAACCAGGAACAGAAUCUACAGGAAGGAGAGAGCCUGCCAUGGGUGCAUUAAUGAGCAGCUUGUUAGCUUCAUGCUGUAGCUCUGUAGGCAAUUAAGUAUUUUGUGUACCAUUUCUGGCCAGUACAGGCAGUUCUAUACAGAGAGAAAGAGAUUAAAAUGAUCACAUCCAGGCUCAUUUGGUGACUGUGGCUGCCGUGUCUUCGUGAACCUCAAGAAAAUAGUGUCUAGUCUAACACAGGGGCAGAAUAAUGGAGGACCCUGUGAGUAAAGCAAGAGCAGUUUUUGGCUACCCACAAUAGGUAGCUGGGUUGAUGUCUCUUUACCUUAGUUGGACCGGGUGUUCCUGUUUACAGUUGUCUUUAGGGAGAAAUCACAAAAGCUGGGGAUGCCAGGCAAUCUCCAAAUAAAAAAUAUGUCCUUCUUCCACAGAAUAAGUAAAGUGGAUCAUACUCUAUUUUUAUAUACUGGGAAAUAGACAAUUUGAAAAUAAGACUAUAAAAUUUAUCAGAAUAUAAAUGUAUUUUGAGGAAAGUGCAGUAAAACUCUUCAAGCAACCAGCAGUUCCUGCCUUUAAGAAUGAAUGUUUGGGGCUUCAGAAUGUUUGGUGGUGCAGUGGUUGAGAAUCCGCCUUCCAAUGCAGGGGACACGGGUUCGA